ACGGAGGGCUACCACGGGUAAGGGCCUGCAGCUAGAGUAUGAUGACAAAGACCUCAAGUCAGGAUUCAACGCCAGGGCUCAUCAGCAGGGUGCGGGAAAUGCGAACCCCAUGUGAGACAUUUCAGGCGAGCACACCGGACGCUGGCGGAAAGCAACAGCAUCUGCUAGAGCCGGUGCUAGAGCCACUUCAAACACAUUCCGGGCCUGCUGACACAGACCCGGCACCUCCCGAGUCGUUGGCCUCAGAGUCAGAGAUACACGACUCGGCGUACAGCUGGGUGGUGAUGGGCGCAGUAGCGCUGCAGAUGGUGCUAACCGGGGGUAUCAUGAAGUCCUUUGGCCUGAUCAUGCUGGCGCUGAUGCGGGACCGUGGCCUCUCGGCAGCCCAAGCAGUCACCAUACCGGGCAUCUUCCUCGGCAUUCAGCGCCUGGGGGCUCCGCUGGCCGCGUUGAUGUGUCGCCGACUGUCCGAGAGGCAUGUGGCCCUGCUCGGCAGCCUCUGCUGCACGCUAGGUCUGGGUCUGAGUGCCCUGGCCGACGUCGCUCGCGUGCUUUACCUCACCAACGGGGUUCUGUUCGGAGCUGGCCUUUGCCUGUAUGACGUCCAGCUGAUAAUACUGCAGCAGUACUUCGACAAGCGACGUGGUCUAGCCACCGGCAUCAUGGCAGCCUCGUUCCCCGUCGGAGGCGUAGUCUUCCCGCCUUUGAUAAAUCUCCUGCUGAACGAGUUCGGCAUGGGUGGCACCUAUCUGCUGCUCUGUGGACUGUUAAUGCACAUGUUCGUCUCGUCGAUGCUGUACCGGCCGCCGCAUACGCAGAGGAUGAUCAUGCGAUUGGACAGAAAGCGACUGCUGCGAAAGAAGUGUAAAACACCCGAUACCUUAUGCACGAACAAAAGCCACAGCGAGAGACAGCACCUACCCGUGAGCCAGGACAUCCAGGCGGCCGUCACUGAUUCGGAGCUGAGCUGUGCUGCCAACGGCAGCCCGGCGGUGGCCGUCAUACUGCCACCUGCGGUCAACGGCCGCUGGGCGCAGCUGUUGCGCAUGCUGGACCUGAAGCUGCUUGCCGACCCGCUCUUCUUGUCGUGCACGUUCUGGGCUUUCAUGGUCUGCAUGGUUUUCCACACAUGA